GGGGGGGGGGGGGGAGGGGCUGCGGGCGCCGCCGACCGGGACUCUGCAGCCCCGCCAGGCAGCGACCUGUGAUGCUGCCGUCCCCCAUCGCCCCGUGGCCCCACAAUGACCCACAGCCCCGCCUCCAGCGAGGACGAGGAACGCCACAGUGCCAGCGAGUGUCCCGAGGGGGGCUCAGAGUCCGACAGCUCCCCAGACGGGCCCGGGAGAGGCCUCCGGGGGCCCCGGGGCCAGGGCAGCGGGCCACCUGGUAACCUGGCCUCCACAGCCGGAGGCCUGCAGGGCCGCUCCAUGUCUGUCCCAGAGGACGCCCACUUCAGCAUGAUGGUCUUCAGGAUCGGCAUUCCGGACCUGCACCAGACAAAAUGCCUGCGCUUCAACCCGGAUGCCACCAUCUGGACGGCCAAGCAGCAGGUGCUCUGCGCCCUGAGCGAGAGCCUGCAGGACGUGCUCAACUACGGCCUGUUCCAGCCCGCCACCUCGGGCCGCGACGCCAACUUCCUGGAGGAGGAGCGGCUGCUGCGAGAGUACCCCCAGUCCUUCGAGAAGGGGGUGCCCUACCUGGAGUUCCGGUACAAGACCCGAGUUUACAAACAGACCAACCUGGAUGAGAAGCAGCUGGCCAAGUUGCACACGAAGACCGGCCUGAAGAAAUUCCUGGAGUACGUGCAGCUCGGCACGUCCGACAAGGUGGCGCGCCUGCUGGACAAGGGGCUGGACCCCAAUUAUCACGACUCGGAUUCAGGAGAGACGCCCCUGACGCUGGCCGCCCAGACGGAAGGCUCCGUAGAUGUGAUUCGAACCCUGUGCCUGGGCGGAGCCCACAUCGACUUCCGAGCCCGGGAUGGCAUGACAGCCCUGCACAAGGCCGCGUGUGCCCGGCACUGCCUCGCUCUCACGGCACUCCUGGACCUCGGGGGCUCCCCCAACUACAAGGACCGCCGGGGGCUGACCCCUCUGUUCCACACGGCGAUGGUGGGGGGCGACCCCCGCUGCUGCGAGCUGCUGCUGUACAACAGGGCCCAGCUGGGCAUCGCCGACGAGAACGGCUGGCAGGAGAUCCACCAGGCCUGCCAGCGGGGUCACUCUCAGCACCUGGAGCAUCUGCUCUUCUACGGCGCUGAGCCCGGAGCCCAGAACGCCUCAGGGAACACGGCCCUGCACAUCUGUGCCCUCUACAACAAGGAGACUUGUGCCAGGAUCCUCCUCUAUCGAGGGGCCAAAAAGGACGUGAAGAAUAACAAUGGACAGACCGCCUUCCAGGUGGCAGUGAUCGCUGGGAAUUUCGAACUGGGGGAGCUGAUCCGAAACCACCGAGAACAAGAUGUGGUGCCCUUCCAGGAGUCCCCCAAGUAUGCCGCCCGGCGGCGGGGACCGCCGAGCGCCGGGCUGACGGUGCCCCCCGCGCUGCUGCGGGCCAACAGUGACACCAGCAUGGCCCUGCCCGACUGGAUGGUGUUUGCCGCCCCGGGGACCUCGUCCGCCGGGGCCCCCGGCGCUACCUCAGCGGCCCAGGGCCAGUCGCAGCCCUCGGCCCCCAGCACCAAGCUCAGCACCGGGACCCUCCGAAGUGCCAGCAGCCCCCGGGGAGCCCGGGCGCGCUCCCCGUCCCGCGGGAGGCACCCCGAAGAGGCCAAGAGGCAGCCUCGUGGACGGCCCAGCUCCAGUGGGACGCCCCGGGAAGGGCCCACCGGGGGCACCGGGGGCUCAGGGGGGCCCGGGGGCUCCCUGGGCAGCCGCGGGAGGCGCAGGAAGCUUUACUCAGCGGUGCCCGGACGCUCCUUCAUGGCCGUGAAGUCCUACCAGGCUCAAGCCGAGGGGGAGAUCUCCCUGAGCAAAGGCGAGAAGAUCAAAGUGCUUAGCAUCGGGGAAGGAGGCUUCUGGGAAGGCCAAGUGAAAGGUCGCGUCGGUUGGUUCCCCUCUGACUGCCUGGAAGAGGUGGCAAACCGCUCCCAGGAGGGAAAGCAAGAAAGCCGCAGUGACAAGGCAAAGAGACUCUUCCGGCAUUAUACCGUGGGCUCCUACGACAGCUUUGAUGCCCCAAGCUUGAUGGAUGGGAUUGGCCCAGGGAGCGAUUACAUCAUUAAGGAGAAGACAGUUCUGCUGCAGAAGAAGGACAGUGAGGGGUUUGGGUUCGUGCUCCGGGGGGCCAAGGCGCAGACCCCCAUCGAGGAGUUCACCCCCACCCCGGCCUUCCCGGCGCUGCAGUAUCUGGAGUCGGUGGACGAGGGUGGCGUGGCAUGGCGUGCGGGACUGCGCAUGGGCGACUUCCUCAUCGAGGUGAAUGGUCAGAACGUGGUGAAGGUUGGCCACCGGCAGGUGGUGAACAUGAUCCGCCAAGGCGGCAACACGCUGAUGGUCAAGGUGGUGAUGGUCACCAGGCACCCGGACAUGGAUGAGGCAGUCCAUAAGAAAGCACCCCAGCAGGCUAAGCGGCUCCCACCCCCAGCCAUCUCCCUGCGUUCCAAGUCCAUGACCUCAGAGCUGGAGGAGAUGGUCUCCCCCUGGAAGAAGAAGAGUGAGUACGAGCAGCAGCCGGCACCAGUGCCCAGCAUGGAGAAAAAGCGGACUGUGUAUCAGAUGGCGCUCAACAAACUGGAUGAAAUUCUGGCCGCAGCUCAGCAGACCAUCAGCGCGAGCGAGAGUCCCGGGCCCGGUGGCCUCGCGUCCCUGGGCAAACACCGGCCCAAGGGUUUCUUUGCCACUGAGUCGAACUUCGAUCCCCACCACCGCUCGCAGCCAAGUUAUGACCGUCCUUCUUACCUGCCUCCAGGACCUGGGCUUAUGCUCCGGCAAAAGUCCAUCGGGGCUGCAGAAGACGACAGACCCUACCUAGCACCCCCAACCAUGAAGUUCAGCCGCAGCCUGUCUGUGCCUGGUUCGGAGGACAUCCCCCCGCCUCCCACCACGUCCCCUCCAGAGCCCCCGUACAGCACCCCUCCAGCCCCUUCCAUCUCCGGCCGCCUCACGCCCUCCCCCCGCGGAGGGCACUUCAACCCGGGCUCAGGGGGCCCCCUCCCCGCCUCUUCCCCCGCCUCCUUUGAUGGGCCCUCCCCUCCCGACACCCGCCUCGGGGGCCGGGAGAAGAGCCUGUACCACGGCGGACCCAUGCCCCCCGCGCACCACCACCCGCCGCACCACCACCACCACCACGCCCCUCCCCCGCAGCCCCACCACCACCACGCCCACCCCCCUCACCCCCCGGAGAUGGAGACCGGCGGCUCCCCCGACGACCCCCCACCCCGACUGGCUCUGGGGCCCCAGCCGAGCCUGCGCGGCUGGCGGGGCGGCGGGCCCAGCCCGACCCCGGGGGCCCCGUCCCCGUCGCACCACGCCAGCGCGGGCGGCGGCCCCUCCCAGGCGCCGGCCCUGCGCUACUUCCAGCUGCCCCCUCGGGCGGCCAGCGCGGCCAUGUACGUGCCCGCCCGCUCCGGCCGCGGGCGCAAGGGCCCGCUGGUCAAGCAGACCAAAGUCGAGGGCGAGCCGCAGAAGGGCGGCGGCCUCCCGCCCGCGCCUUCCCCGGCGUCUCCCGCGUCCCCGCAGCCGCCGCCGGCCGUGGCCGCGCCGUCGGAGAAGAACUCCAUCCCCAUCCCCACCAUCAUCAUCAAGGCUCCGUCCACCAGCAGCAGCGGCCGCAGCAGCCAGGGCAGCAGCACGGAGGCCGAGCCCCCGGCCCAGCCCGAGGCCGCCGGCGGCUCCUCGGUGCCCAGCCCCGCCCCGGCCAUGUCGCCGGUGCCGCCGUCCCCGUCGCCCGUGCCCACGCCCGCCUCGCCCAGCGGCCCGGCCACCCUCGACUUCACCAGCCAGUUCGGGGCGGCCCUGGUGGGGGCGGCUCGCCGGGAAGGCGGCUGGCAGAACGAGGCCCGCCGGCGCUCCACGCUCUUCCUCUCCACCGACGCGGGCGACGAGGAGGGCGGCGACGGCGUGCUGGGCGCAGGCGCGCCCCCGGGCCCCCGGCUGCGCCACUCCAAGUCCAUCGACGAAGGCAUGUUCUCCGCCGAGCCCUACCUCCGGCUGGAGUCGGCGGGCGCCGCGGGCGGCGGCUACGGGGCCUACGCGGCCGCCAACCGCGCCUACGCGGGCAGCGGAGGCAGCAGCGCCUUCACCAGCUUCCUGCCGCCGCGGCCCCUGGUCCACCCGCUGACCGGCAAGGCCCUGGACCCAGCCUCCCCGCUCGGGCUGGCCCUGGCGGCCCGCGAGCGGGCGCUGAAGGAGUCCUCGGAGGGUGGGGGGACCCCCCAGCCACCUCCCAGGCCCCCAUCGCCCCGCUACGAGGCCCCGCCGCCCACCCCGCACCACCACUCACCCCACGCCCACCACGAGCCCGUGCUGCGCCUCUGGGGAGCCUCCCCGCCGGACCCCGCCCGCCGGGAGCUGGGAUACCGGGCGGGGCUGGGCGGCCAGGAGAAGGCCCUUCCGGCCAGCCCGCCAGCUGCGCGGCGCUCCCUGCUGCACCGCUUGCCCCCCACAGCCCCCGGGGUCGGGCCCCUCCUGCUGCAGCUGGGGCCCGAGCCGCCCGCCGCGCACCCCGGGGUGAGCAAGGCCUGGCGGUCGGGCGCCCCCGAGGACGCCGAGCGGCUGCCUUUACACGUGCGGUUCCUCGAGAACUGCCAGCCGCGAGCCAGCGGGGCGGGUGGCAGGACGCCCCCGUCGGAGGACGGCCCAGGGGUGCCGCCGCCCAGCCCGCGCCGGUCUCUGCCGCCCUCGCCCACCUCCCCGCGGGGCAGUGAGGAGAACGGGCUCCCCCUGCUGGUCCUGCCGCCCCCCGCUCCGUCGGUGGACGUGGAAGACGGCGAAUUCCUCUUCGCCGAACCGCUGCCCCCGCCCCUGGAGUUCUCCAACAGCUUCGAGAAACCCGAGUCGCCCCUCACCCCAGGGCCUCCACACCCGCUGCCGGACCCGCCCACCCCGACGACCCCGCUGCCCCCUGUGCCACCCCCUGCCGUCGCGGCUGCCCCUCCUGCCCUGGACUCCACCGCAUCCAGCUUGACUUCGUAUGACAGUGAGGUGGCCACCCUGACCCAGGGGGCGCCCGCGGCUCCUGGGGACGCCCCUCCUCCAGGCCCGCCAGCCCCAGCCGCGCCGGCCGCCCCUGCCCCGCAGCCCGGGCCAGACCCUCCCCCCGGCACGGAUUCUGGAAUUGAGGAGGUGGACAGUCGGAGCAGCAGUGACCACCCUCUGGAGACCAUUAGCAGUGCGUCCACGCUGAGCAGUCUGUCUGCCGAAGGUGGUGGCAGCGCAGGGGGCGGUGGUGGCAGUGGUGGCACCAGUGUAGCCAGUGGACCGGAGCUUCUGGACACGUAUGUGGCCUACCUGGAUGGCCAGGCCUUUGGGGGGAGUGGUAGUCCUGGCCCACCAUACCCCCCACAGCUCAUGACUCCUUCAAAGCUCCGAGGCCGGGCCCUGGGGGCCCGCGGAGGCCUGCGGCCCGGCCCUGGUGGGGGACUCCGAGACCCUGUCACUCCCACGAGCCCCACCGUCUCCGUGACAGGGGCUGGAACCGAUGGGCUGUUGGCCCUGAGUGGUUGUUCGGGACCCUCGGCGGCAGGUGUGGCUGGGGGUCCGGUAGCUGUAGAGCCAGAAGGCCCACCAGUGCCCUUGCCGUCUGCCUCGUCCCUGCCUCGGAAGCUGCUGCCCUGGGAGGAGGGCCCCGGCCCGCCACCGCCGCCCCUGCCCGGGCCCCUGGCCCAGCCUCAGGCCUCAGCCUUGGCCACAGUAAAAGCCAGCAUCAUCAGCGAACUCAGCUCCAAGCUUCAGCAGUUUGGGGGUUCCUCGGCAGCUGGUGGCGCUCUGCCCUGGGCCCGGGGAGGCAGCGGGGGCAGCGGGGACGGCCACCACGGGGGAGCCAGCUACAUCCCGGAGAGGACCUCCUCCCUUCAGCGGCAGAGACUGUCGGAAGACUCCCAGUCCUCGCUCCUCUCCAAACCCGUCAGCAGCCUGUUUCAGAACUGGCCCAAACCACCUCUGCCGCCACUCCCCACAGGAACUGGGGUCCCCCAUUCCGCUGCUGCGGCCCCCGGGGCCACCUCACCCUCAGCCUCCUCCUCCACAUCCACCCGCCACCUCCAGGGUGUGGAGUUCGAGAUGCGGCCGCCUCUGCUCCGCCGGGCGCCCAGCCCCUCGCUGCUGCCCGCCUCGGAGCACAAGGUCAGCCCUGCGCCCCGGCCCUCGUCCCUGCCCAUCCUGCCUUCCGGACCCCUCUAUCCGGGCCUCUUUGACAUCCGCAGCUCCCCCACCGGAGGGGCAGGAGGCUCGGCCGACCCCUUCGCCCCCGUCUUUGUGCCACCGCACCCGGGGAUGUCCGGGGGGCUUGGUGGAGCCUUGUCGGGAGCCUCCCGCUCCCUCUCGCCGACCCGCCUGCUUUCGCUACCCCCCGACAAGCCGUUUGGCGCGAAACCUCUGGGGUUCUGGACCAAGUUCGACGUGGCUGAUUGGCUCGAGUGGCUGGGCUUGGCUGAGCACCGGGCCCGGUUCCUAGACCACGAGAUCGAUGGGUCCCACCUGCCCGCCCUGACCAAGGAGGACUACGUCGAUCUGGGUGUGACCAGGGUGGGCCACCGCAUGAACAUCGACCGGGCUCUCAAAUUUUUCCUGGAGAGGUGAUGGCUGGCUCGGGCGGACCAGCCCGUCCACCGAACCCUUGAGCCUGCUGGCCUCUGGACCUUUGACCCCUGACCCUUAUUCUCUCCCUGGGCCAGGGACUCUGCUAAAACUGUGCCCUGCCCUCAUCUCCCAAGGCUGGAGGUCACCAGGUGGCCUGAUUCCGGCCAGACAUUUGCACCUCACAGGAGGGGGCAGCUGAUACUAGACUGUGUGUGUGUGGAGCUGGGAGCGGAGGGAGUGGGAAUGGGAGAAAUCUCUGAGGGGAUGGAGAAGGAGGGAAGGGUCGAUUCUGGGAGGGGGGGGACAGACAGAGCCAUAGAGGGCCAUCCCUGAGCCUGACUGGAUGGGGGGUCAUCCCCCAGGCCGCAGGGGAAGGGGGUGCCCUCAGAUUCCACCACCUGCCGCCCCUCUAACAACCCUUCCCCCCUCUCCAGGCCCCUCUGUUCCCUCGCCUUCCCCUGCCCCUGGCACACACAGCAGCCCCCCCCCAGCCUCUUGCACGCUCCUUUGCACGCCUGCUUGCCUCUCUCCCCUCCCUGGGCUACAAUUUUGCACAAAUUUGCCCUCUCGCUGUCUUGCACAUUCCGUCUUCGCUUCCGUCCCGUGAGGCCCUCUCAGCUCUGUUUCCCUCGCACACUUGGUAUUGCUUUUCCCACGCUCCAUGCCCCCUGCUCUCUCCAACUCUCGCUUACACGCUCUUCCCUUGGCGUCUACCCUGUCGCACCUCACUUCCGAAAAUCUCUGGGCCCUUGCUGCAGACACACUUGGGACACCCUUUCCCUGACCCACUCACAGGCUCUGUGCACACAUUCGUUCUGUGGAAUACCCUUCUCUUCGUUCAACCCUUGCACACUCGCUAUCCAUGCACUUCUCCAAACACACUUGACUGCAUUUUCUUUAAGCACUUUCUUAUUCUUGAACCCGAACAUCCUUACUCUCCCCCAUUCUUUGCCUGUCAUGGCAACACUCCGAUGCCCCUCCUUACCCUGAACCCUCUCAGUCACUUCUUACCACAUGGCUUGCACACUUGCUCCCCAGGAACUGUUUCUCUCUGAAAUGCUCCUUCCUCUCCUCUUUGCCAGGCUCCCACUCCCCCGCACCCUCUUUUUCCAAGUCUUUGUCCAUCUCCAUCAACUCCUUUGUGGACCUUUUUGCACACUCUCUCGCACGUGCAUCCUCCCCAGCACCUCCGCUGCUCUUUCGAAGCCUUUUUCUUUCCUUUAGCAAUGUUCUUGUUCCCCGUGGCUUGGCUGCAACACUUGAAUUUCUACUUAUUCUUGUCAGCUCCUGGGCAACUUUCUCCAUCUCCCCGGGGAACUCUGCCGCCUCUUGCCUUUUGCACACUUGGCUCCCUCCACACUUCCGACCUGUACUUUGAUUUCUUUUCCUGGCAGGUUUGCCUUCUGUCCCCGUGAAGGAACAGCUGCUGCGGCCAUCCGCAGUCUGCCUGUUCUCUCCUGCCUUUGCACUCUUUUCUCUUUCUGGCAAGAGAGGACCCUACACACGCUCCCUUCUUGCUCACUGUGCUUCCUCCCAUCCCUGCUCCGGCCUUUGCUCUCCUGCAAAUCCUCCCUCCUCCCAUCCUUCCUGGGCCAUCUGUCUUUCCAUUUUGCACGAAGACCCCCCCCAACACUUCCAUUUCUCCAAAAACUCCGUCUCCCUCCAGCAUGGCUCUUCUUCCCGCACGCUUCCCCCCUCCCUUUAUCCCUGGGGCUUGGAAAUUUUAAACCACCCCUUCCCCUGGGUAGCCCCCUCCCCUAUUGUGGGUAAAGGGGGGAGGGCAUCGCCCUCAGGUCCCCCCAUGUUCAGCUGCCAAAGAAGGGAGCUCCCCCUCCUUCCCCCAAGCCCAUUCCCCCUCUGUUGCCCCCACCCCCGAGGGGGGGGGGCUCCGUCCAUGUGGGGGAGGGUGCUUGCAGCCCUCUCCCCUCACCACGUCAGGGAUCUGCGGGGAACCUUGUGGGAGGGUCGUGGGAGGGGGGAGGGGUGGCAAUGAGGGGGCGGAGGUCGCGCUGGGCCCCUACCCGCCCCCUCCCCCUCGUCGGAUGCCCCCGUCCGCAGGGGGCCUGCGCGGCGCCUGUCUAUCAAGGGCUUGAUCAUUCUGGAUGGG